CAACGAGCCACUAUGGACAAGCUUCCACCGGAACUUAUUGAUGCCAUCGGAAGCCAUUUUGAUUACUCGGACUGGUGCGCCCUCCGACUCACAUGCAAGAUUUUCUGUCAACUCUCUUCUUCCCACUUUGCGAGUCGUUACUUCCGGCGUGUCAGUGUCAUUUUAACUCAGGAGGCUCUUACGGCGCUUGAAGCCUUUACCCUGCAAGAAUCAUUUAGAAACGUGGUGGAAGAACUGAGCCUCAUACCUCAAGUAUUUGGGGACUACGAGGUAGACCUUAAUGCUUUCGAAACAAUCCUACGCUUCUGUACGCCUGGAAGUGAGAACUGGACAACCGAGGAAGUGCAACGGCAGUAUAUGAUUUACCAGGCUGCUCAAACUGAUCACCUAGCAUUUGCAGAGUCGAAGAGUUUAGUAGAGAGUCUUACUCGAUGCCUGAAUCGAUUGAGGAAUGUUUCUACUAUAGGGUUGCGACCCUACCCUCCCUCAUGGCCAGGCAAAGAAAAGAGUCUAUUCAUCUGCCUGGGCAUGCGCGCUUUGCGAAAGCAGCUGCCUUUUGACCCUUGUGUACGGCUCCUGAUGCCCAGUGCGUGCCGCUUUGCCGAUCGGUCUUCAAGCACGUGGGGUCUAGUGUGGAACAUGUGGAACGACAUAAGGCAUCCGGUUUGGACCAAGGGGCUCACCAGACUCCUCGAAGCCAUGUGCGCCGUCUCUCCCCCUUUGAAAGUCCAAAGGCUAUAUACCUGCUUGGUUGAAGAUGAAUUAUCGGUUCCUCCUGACUGCUUCACUCUAUCCGAGCCUCUCUAUCAAAGCCUUGGAUGUGUUCUUCGUAAGCUACAGAACCUGGAUAUUUGCCUCAGACACUCGAUUUCAAACGAUGCUACUGAAUUUCUUUCUUCUCUCGCUAUCCGAGCUGCUCCAAAUCUCCAUGUUCUCCGGCUCACCUUAUGGGAUCAGUUCCAUGAUUUAAGCCCGGAUCAUUUCGACAACUUGGCCCAACAAGUUAAUUUCACCCACCUUACAGAACUUCAUCUCCAUUGGAUCGAACUCACUCAGCCUAGCUUCCAGCUAUUCUUAAGCACAGCCGCUCCAACCCUGCAGGUCCUGACCCUGGUUGCAGUCAGCUUGAAUGACCCCAUUUCAGUAGCUAUGGGACCUUCACGAAGGUUCCGUGCAGCCGUAUCCACUGUUUGGCGUCGCUUCAUGAAUACCUUGCGUGACACCAUUCCAUCUAUUCGCUACUUCAAGAUGCGGGCACUUGCAUAUCGCCAGAAUAGAUUUGAAAUGAUAGAUCCAUCAGAAAGGGAGCUCAUGACUAUGGGUCACUGUCUCAGAGGCCAGCACUCAAAAACCCACUUCUACGAGAUCAAUACAAAAAUGAGCUUCGUCGAAUGGAUCGAUCGUAUGGAACUGUGCAUACGUCCCUUACGCCGCCCUCUACCAAGGCAUCGCGAGCUUCCUAACGGCAAAAUUACAUCUCCGACCCCAGAGGGGAGAUUUCAAUGGGCACGUUGACUUGUAUGGAUAUCCUCUACAGCUGGCGUGAGCGAGAUAGCUGGGAAGCAUCUCUCAAGAUACAGUGGGGGAAAUGUUCUACCCACAACCACAUGGGC